AUGUGUGCUGGUUUAGUUUCUGGGGACAGUAUUAACGAGCGGACUGACUGGUGCGAGGAGUCGUAUAACGUUAGCGAAUAUUCGCAUAUUAACGUUAAAAACACGUUAAUAUUAGAACAAUGCUGUUAACAGCUCGCCGCCUGUCCAAAGUGCUGCAGCUCACCCUGGCGGUCAUGAAGCCAGAUGCUGUAGCUCAUCCUGUGAUGUUAGAGGCUCUCCACCAGAGAAUCCUUGACAACAACUUUGUGAUUGUUAGAUGCAAAGAUCUUGUGUGGAAGAGACAGGACUCUGAGAGGUUUUACGCUGAACAUUCAGGGCGAUUCUUCUACCAAAGACUUGUUGAAUUCAUGUCAAGUGGUCCGAUGCGAGCAUAUAUUUUAGCCAGAGAGGACGCCAUUCGUCACUGGAGAGAACUUAUGGGACCAACCAAAGUGUUCAGAGCCAGAUACACCUCGCCUGCUACGAUCAGGGCCCAGUUUGGACUCACAGACACACGAAACACAACUCACGGAUCAGAUUCUGUUGAGUCGGCACAAAGAGAAAUCCAUUUCUUCUUCCCAGACUUCUGUGUGGAGGAGUGGGUGGAGAAAGAAGAGCCAUCGUUCAGAUCAGGACAAAUACAUUACGACCACCAAAAACAGAUCCACACACUUUCAACGCAAAGCUGACCCCAGAACUGCUGUUACAGUCACUGAUCCCCUAAGGACCACUUAGAAACCCUGCAAUUUUUCAUCAAUUGCUCAUACAAAAAAAUGCAAGCUGCCAGAGAAGAUGCUACAAUCCUACCUGCUAUAUUUAAUGUAUACUCUGUGACGAUCCCAGAAAAGUGCAUGUGUUUGUCACCAAAGUUCCUCAUAGUGCCAAUAUGUUUAUCCCAUGUUUUUGUCAGUAAAACUGAUUUUCCUUGAACAUGGAAAGAUAUACAGUUUACAAAGCCAUUAAAAGAAGCACCAUACA